CCCCGCGGCCCGGCCCGGCGGCAGGAUGCAGGUGCCGCCGCUGCUCCACGAGCUGUGCAGCGAGGACAGCGCGCCCAAGUGGCGGGGGCUGCUCGUGCCCGCGCUCAAGAAGGUUCAGAUGCAAGUUCACCCUAAACUUUCUUCUACUGAAGAUGCUUUACAAUAUGUUGAGGAGUUAAUUCUGCAGUUGUUAAAUAUGCUGUGCCAAGCCCAGCCAAGAAGUUUUCUGGAUGUAGAGGAUCGUGUUCAAAAGAGCUUUCCCCAUCCUAUUGAUAAGUGGGCAAUUGCUGAUGCACAAUCUGCUAUUGAAAAAAGGAAGCGAAGAAACCCAUUAUCUCUCCCAGUGGAAAAAAUCCAUCCUUUGUUAAAGGAAGUUCUAGGCUAUAAAAUUGACCACCAAGUAUCUGUUUACAUAGUGGCAGUAUUAGAAUACAUUUCUGCAGAUAUCUUAAAGUUGGUUGGGAAUUAUGUACGAAAUAUAAGACAUUAUGAAAUUACAAAACAAGACAUUAAAGUGGCAAUGUGUGCUGAUAAGGUAUUAAUGGACAUGUUCCAUCAAGAUGUAGAAGAUAUAAGUGCACUAACUUUAUCUGAUGAGGAACCUUCCACCUCCGGGGAACAGACAUAUUAUGAUCUAGUAAAGUCAUUCAUGGCAGAAGUUCGACAGUUUAUAAGGGAAUUAAAUCUCAUUAUUAAAGUUUUUCGAGAGCCUUUUAUUUCCAACUCCAAAUUGUUUUCAGCUCAUGACGUUGAAAAUAUAUUUAGUCGUAUAUCAGAUAUUCAUGAACUUAGUGUAAAGUUAUUGGGCCUUCUUGAAGAUACUGUAGAAAUGACAGAUGAAGGUAGUCCCCAUCCUUUAGUAGGCAGCUGCUUUGAAGACCUAGCAGAGGAACUAGCGUUUGAUCCAUAUGAAUCAUAUGCACAAGAUAUAUUGCGGCCUGGUUUCCAUGAUCAUUUUCUAAGUCAGUUAUCAAAGCCAGGAGCAGCAUUCUAUUUACAGUCCAUAGGGGAAGGCUUUAAAGAAGCUGUUCAGUAUGUACUACCCAGGCUGCUGCUGGCCCCUGUUUACCACUGUCUUCACUAUUUUGAACUUUUAAAGCAACUAGAAGAAAGGAGUGAGGAUGAAGAGGAUAAAGAAUGUUUGAAGCAAGCGAUAACAGCCCUGCUGAACCUUCAGAGCAGCAUGGAAAGAAUAUGCUCCAAAAGUCUUGCAAAGCGACGACUUAGUGAAUCUGCAUGCAGAUUCUAUAGUCAGCAAAUGAAGGGGAAACAGCUUGCAAUCAAGAAAAUGAAUGAAAUACAGAAAAAUAUUGAUGGCUGGGAGGGUAAGGACAUUGGACAGUGCUGCAAUGAGUUUAUAAUGGAAGGAACUCUCACACGUGUUGGCGCAAAACAUGAGAGACAUAUAUUCCUCUUUGAUGGCUUAAUGAUUUGCUGUAAGUCAAAUCAUGGCCAGCCACGACUUCCUGGUGCUAGCAAUGCGGAAUAUCGUCUGAAAGAGAAGUUUUUUAUGCGCAAGGUACAAAUCAAUGAUAAAGACGACACUAAUGAGUACAAGCAUGCCUUUGAAAUCAUCUUAAAAGAUGAGAACAGUGUUAUUUUUGCUGCUAAAUCAGCUGAAGAGAAAAACAACUGGAUGGCAGCACUGAUAUCUUUACAGUACAGAAGUACUCUGGAAAGAAUGCUAGAUGUAACCAUGUUGCAGGAAGAGAAGGAGGAACAGAUGAGAUUUCCAAGUCCUGAGUUUUAUAGGUUUGCAGAACCAGAUUCAGAAGAGAAUAUUGUAUUUGAAGAAAAUAUGCAGCCCAAAUCUGGAAUCCCUAUCAUAAAGGCAGGAACUGUUGUCAAGCUCAUUGAGAGACUGACUUAUCACAUGUAUGCAGACCCCAAUUUUGUUCGGACAUUUCUCACAACAUAUAGAUCCUUUUGCAAACCUCAAGAAUUAUUGAGUCUACUGAUAGAAAGGUUUGAAAUUCCAGAGCCUGAGCCAACGGAAGCUGAUCGUAUGGCUAUGGAGAAUGGAGACCAGCCUCUCAGUGCAGAGUUAAAGCGGUUUAGAAAAGAAUACAUACAACCAGUACAGCUGCGAGUUUUAAAUGUAUGUCGGCAUUGGGUGGAACACCACUUCUAUGACUUUGAGAGAGAUGUUGAUCUUUUGCAACGAUUGGAAGAAUUCAUUGGGACAGUAAGAGGUAAAGCUAUGAAGAAAUGGGUUGAAUCAAUCACAAAGAUAAUCCACCGGAAAAAGCAGGCGCAAGCCAUUGGGCCAAGUCACAAUAUUACUUUUGAAAGCUCACCUCCUGCAAUUGAGUGGCAUAUUAGCAAACCAGGACAUGUAGAGACUUUUGAUUUGCUCACUUUGCACCCAAUAGAAAUUGCUCGACAGCUCACUUUACUCGAGUCAGAUCUUUACAGUUUCUGUAUGUCUUUUCAGCAAAUUCCAAGUCGUCAAAAGAAGAUUUUAGAAGAAGCUCAUGAGUUGAGUGAAGAUCACUAUAAGAAAUACUUGGCAAAACUCAGGUCCAUUAAUCCUCCAUGUGUGCCUUUCUUUGGAAUUUAUUUGACAAACAUCUUGAAAACAGAAGAAGGCAACCCUGAAUUUCUAAAACGUCAUGGAAAAGAGCUAAUAAACUUCAGCAAGCGAAGGAAAGUAGCUGAAAUCACUGGGGAGAUACAGCAGUACCAGAACCAGCCCUACUGCUUAAGAGUGGAAUUUGACAUCAGAAGGUUUUUUGAAAAUUUGAAUCCAAUGGGAAGUAGCAUGGAGAAAGAAUUCACAGAUUAUCUGUUCAACAAGUCAUUGGAAAUUGAGCCACGAAAUUCCAAACCUCCACCAAGAUUUCCAAAAAAAUACAGCUAUCCCCUCAAGUCUCCAGGUGUUCGUCCUUCAAACCCAAGACCAGGUACCAUGAGACAUCCUACGCCACUGCAACAGGAGCCAAGAAAAAUUAGUUACAGUCGCAUCCCUGAGAGUGAAACAGAAAGUACAGCAUCUGCACCCAAUUCUCCACGAACACCUCUGACCCCACCCCCAGCAUCUGCCACUUCUAGCACUACAGAUGCCUGCAGUGUAUUUGACUCAGACCCUUCGAGUCCUUUCCAUUCAAGAUCUGCUUCAGUAUCAUCCAUAAGCUUUAACAAAAGCUCUGAUGAAACGCCUGUUCCCCCUCCUGUUCCUCCACGGAGACGACCAGAAUCUGCCCCAGCAGAAUCCUCCCCAUCAAAGAUUACUUCUGCACAUAUGGACAGUCCACCAGCAAUUCCUCCAAGACAACCCACCUCAAAAGUGUAUUCGCCAAGGUACUCGGUGCCAGAUCGGACCUCCAUAUCAGACCCCCCUGAAAGCCCUCCUGUUUUACCGCCGCGAGAACCUGUGCGAACACCAGAUGUCUUCUCUAGCUCACCACUACACCUCCAGCCCCCACCUUUAGGUCGAAAAAGUGAACUCGGCAAUACCUUUUUUCCAAACAGUCCCUCUCCAUUUACUCCCCCACCCCCUCAAACUCCUUCUCCACAUGUAGCACGGAGACAUCUGCCAUCACCUCCUUUGAUACAGCAAGAUGUGGACCUCCAUCCUGUUACUGGGCCACCUGUUCCUCCACGACAAAGCACUUCUCAACAUAUCCCAAAGCUUCCUCCAAAAACUUAUAAAAGGGAGCACACACAUCCAUCGAUGCAUCGAGACGGACCACCUUUGCUGGAGAACGCCCACUCCUCCUGAGUUAGUCUUUGCUGUUGGAGUUGCGUUUCCCUGGCGCUAUGUCUGUUGCUGGCAAUGGAUGCACUGAAUCUGCUGGCGCCAAGGAGUUAGGAUGUGUACACCAAACACUAAAAACUCAUGAUAAAUUUGAAAUGCAGGAUGCAGAAACUGAAUCACAAAAGCAGACAUUAUCACAAAGCAACUGAUGGACUUGAAGUUCCUAUUUUAGUACAUGGGACACUGUUCUAGAGUAAUUGGACAACUGAUUGUACCAGAAAACAGACUUGAGGGACUUCUCUGGCCAAUGAGAAGAGAGUGUGUUUUGUGUAAUGAUCUCUAAUGUCCAGGACAGAAUGGAAAACGUAGUUUUGUGUGCAUCAGUCCCAUACAGUGACCCAGUUAUUGGAAUGAAAAAAUUAUGCACUUUUGGAA